UUAAAAAUGAAGCGACAACAUGAGAAAGAAAUUUUGCACAAGUUCUUCUCAUUUACUUUCAAUAUCCAUCUAGCAAUCCUCACUAUUUCCAGUCAAAGGACUACCUUGAGCUUGCAACCUUCUCCGUCUUUAUCCUGCAGACACCACUGAUCAACCGCCAAGAUGACAUCGACAGCGACCUCCGCCUCGGCGACGUCCACCGUCGCCAACUGCGGCGCCAACCUGUAUGACCCGCCCGUCUCGGACGCAGUCUGCGCCAUGCCCUACGGCGGGAACCACACGGACAUCAUGUCCUCGUGCUGCGGGUCCGCUGAUGUCGUCAGCUACUACAACAACUGCGGGCUGUACUGUCUGGCCGUGGGACAGAGCAUCGCGGACUUGACCGACUGCUUGUUCGACAACGGCGCCUCGUGGCAAGAUGUAUUUUGCAACUCGAACACUACUGCCACAGCCACGGGGACCAGUGCUGCUAUUGCGACUUCGGCGGGUGCUAGUGUUGUGGCUGGUGGGGGUGCGAGUGGUACGAGUAGUGAAAAUGGGGCUAGUUCGACGGGUGAGGGUAGUAGUGAGUCUUUGAAGGGGGCGGCACCGGGAGGCAAGCAUGAUUUCAGUAUUACGACACUGGGGUUGACGAUUGGGGCUUUGUUGUUCUCGGCCACGGCUUUUGGGGCUUUUCAGCUGUAAAUGACUGCAUACAACUUGAUUAAAGACUCGAGCACCAGCGACGAGGAUGCUUGCUGGAAGGGGGAUUCGGUGAUGGAGGAAGCAAGGCGUCGUCAAAUUUGCAAUGCGAAUCUCGCAGGGCCACCGGAACGUCCGUGGUCUUUGGAGGAAGGUCAGCGGCGGAACGAAGCAGAGUGGUGAAUACCGUUUGGAGGUCACACAAUCGAUACAGCAACACAGGCGCACAUUGCUAUCGAUGCAAUUCGGGUGUAUGGGUCCGGGAGACCUGCAUCAGGGUUGGGUACCCGGAUUAUAUAAUGAGGAUCUUAAUGUACAUAGGCCUAAUGAAAUAGAUAUCCAACUGAA